UAAAGAUAAAUAUUAGUCAAAACUGAUAAAUACACUCCUCCCUCUUGCGCUUAAGCACGCCCACGCCCGCGCCCUGGAGUACGCGUAUGGUCUAUGCACCACACUCUAUACCAUAACCAGUUAGGCAGCGGCAGCAGGAAGGAAGAUACUCAGACUCUCCCCUUGAGAAAGGAGAAAGUGGUAGCCAUGUCCAAAACCAAACUUCAUAGCAGACCACCAUCCUUGUCUAGAGAUAAAUCCGUGUUUAUUGCAGCAGCAAUCACUGUAUUACUUGUUUGUGUUAUUUGGUCUUUCACAGGAACUUUCUCCAACUUUCCGACCUUAUUCUCUUCAGACUGCUCAGGUAGUCCUGCCCAGUUCUUUAACCGAGCAGACGACCCUCAAGAAACAACGUUUUAUGACGACCCUGAAAUCAGUUACACCGUAGACGGCAAUCCCAUUAAGAACUGGGACGAGAAGAGAAAAGAAUGGCUGAAACUCCAUCCCACUUUCGCCGCCGGCGUCCAGAACCGUAUGCUACUCCUCACUGGAUCCCAGCCUUCGCCGUGUAAGAACCCCUCCGGGGACCAUUUACUCCUCAGGUGCUUCAAGAAUAAAGUCGACUACUGCAGAAUCCAUGGCUGCGACGUCUUCUACAACAAUGCAUACCUGAAUCCCAAGAUGAAGUCUUAUUGGGCCAAGAUACCGUUGAUCCGGGCCUCAAUGCUGGCCCAUCCCGAGGCUGAAUGGAUCUGGUGGAUGGACUCCGAUGCGAUCUUCACUGACAUGGAUUUCAAGGUGCCACUGAGGAGGUACAAACACCAUAAUUUCGUCGUUCAUGGAUGGCCCAACCUGAUUUACGAGAAGAAGAGCUGGGUUGCCGUGAAUGCAGGGAUUUUUCUCAUCAGAAACUGUCAAUGGUCCAUGGAAUUCCUCGACGCUUGGGCCAGGAUGGGCCCGCAAAGCCCAGAGUAUGCACGGUGGGGUCAAACGCUGAGGUCGGCGUUCAAGGACAAGAUGUUCCCAGAGUCGGAUGAUCAGUCGGCCCUGGUUUACUUGCUGUUGAAGGAAAAAAGGAAAUGGGGUGAUAUGAUGUACGUGGAGAAUGAAUACUCGUUGCAUGGUUACUGGGUUGCGGUGGUGGGGAGAAUUGACAAUAUUACCGGAAGGUACGAGAAGAUUGAGAAGCAGGAGGUGAAGCUGAGGAGGAGACACGCGGAGGCGGUGGGGGAGUGGUACGGGAAGCUGUGGGAGGAGCAUCUGGAAGAUGCGGGCGACAGAAAAGGCGGGUGGAGGCGGCCGUUCAUAACGCACUUCACGGGGUGUCAGCCGUGCAGCGGGGACCACAAUCCAUCGUACGUGGGGAAGGACUGCUGGGUGGGGAUGGAGAGGGCUCUGAAUUUUGCGGAUAAUCAGGUGCUUCGUAAUUUUGGGUUCGUGCACCCGGAUUUGCGGAACGGCUCAGUGUCACCGUUGGCUUUUGAUUUUCCGGGAGCAGAGGCAUCUGAGGAUUCACUAGCGUGAAAUUGUAACCCAGUGAGGUCAACGCUGUAAAAAUUCACCGGUCAUUCCAUCUAAACGCUACGCUAUGCUAGUACUAGGGAUUUUGUGUUGUUGCCACAGCACAGUUCAAGUUGUCAUCAUGUUAGUACUAUUAGCUAAGACAAAACUGGAGUCCGAAUUAUGAUUGAGCAAAUAAUACCUGGAUUUUGACGUUGUUAGGUUCAUUGUUGUUAAAAAUGCAUGUGAAAUGAACAUAUGCAGAUGCAAAUGUCUCUACAGUUGUGGGUUACCGCUUGCUUCAUUCUUUU